AUGUCAUCAUCAUCCUCGCCUACCAAGGAGGUCGUUCUGGUGACGGGCGGCUCUGGCCUGGUCGGCCAGGCAAUUCGCUCCGUAGCGGAGGAGAGCAGCAGCGGCGAAUACGGCCAGCAGUUUAGCUUCUACUUCGCCAGCAGCAAGGACGCCGACCUGGCGAAGCUGGACGAGGCGCGGGCGCUGUUCGACAAGGUCCGCCCCGCCUACGUCAUCCACCUGGCGGCGAUGGUGGGCGGGCUCUUUCGCAACCUCAAGUACAACCUCGAGUUUCUGCGCACCAAUCUGGCCAUCAACGACAACGUGCUGCUGCUGGCGAAGGAGCACCGCGUGAAGAAGUGCAUCUCCUGCCUCUCCACCUGCAUCUUCCCCGACCAGACCGCCUAUCCAAUUGACGAGAGCAUGGUCCACCGGGGCCCGCCGCACCGCUCCAACUUUGGCUACUCGUACGCGAAGCGGAUGAUCGACGUGCUCAAUCACGCCUAUGCGNUUCGCAACCUCAAUGCGCCCAUCUUCACCUCGGUCAUUCCCACCAACGUCUACGGCGCCUACGACAACUUCAACAUCGAGGACUCGCACGUCAUUCCAGGGCUCAUCUACAAGGCCUACCAGGCGGUGGCGGAGGCUAAGCGAACGAACCAGACGCAGACGAAGCUGACCGUGUACGGCACCGGCCGACCGCGGCGGCAGUUCAUCUACUCGCUGGACCUCGCCAAGCUGAUCCUCUGGACGAUGGCCCACUACGACGAGGUGGAGCCGAUCAUCCUCAGCGUCGGCGAGGAGGACGAGGUGAGCAUCGGCGAGGCGGCGCAGCUGGUGGCGGACGCCUUCAGCGCCGAGACGGGCGUCCAGAUCGACCUCCAGUACGACCAGUCCUUCAGCGACGGGCAGUUCAAGAAGACGGCCAGCAAUGGAAAGCUACGCCGGUACCUGCCUGACUUUCAGUUCACGCCCAUGGGCGAGGGCAUUCGCGAGACGGUCAAGUGGUUCACGGCAAACUAUGACACCGUCCGGAAGUGA